GUUUGAGUUUGUUAUUUAUUUCCUGACAACCAAAGUACACAAGUUACAAAUUAUAUAUGAAAAAGUGAACAUAUCUACUUCAAAGCAAUUAAUCGAGUACUGUUUUUAUUCUUCAUAACGUUCACAAAAUACAAUUAAAUCAUCAUGCCUAGACCACGCUCAGGAGGUUCCGACUACAGUGAUGCAGAUGCAGAUGGGAUGGCAGAAAGGGAGAUGGAGUACACAAAACUCCAACGUCAGCAUAGAAUCAUGCAAGGCGACAGAGAGGCUUAUACAGAGGAGUCACAGAAUCUUAUACGUAAACAAAAAGCGGAAAUAUCUCAACUAGAAGCAGAACGUGCAGAAUUGUUGAAAGAUUUGCGUUUGGCAGAGAGUCGAAGCAAUCAGAAUAAAGAUGAGGUCCAUACUGACAAACUCACAACCCUAGUCAAUGACAGAGAUGACCUCCACCAAUCAAUAGAUGAUGAAAAGGAAAACCAAAAGGAACUGGAUGCAAAAAUUCGAGAAUGGGAGAAGAAAAUAAGAGACCAACACAAAAAUAUGGGAGGCAUACACAUGAGCCGUCAACACACAAUAAAAACACAGAAAAAUGUCCGGGUUCUUGAAAACCGACUAGAUAAAGAAAAUCAAAAGUUUAACAAUUGUCUCACAGCAAAUGCCUCACUCCGAGAAGAAAUAGACAGUUUACGAGUUGAGAGAGUACGUUUUGAUAAUCUCUAUUGUAAACUGGACAAAGAACGCAUGGAGCUUAGACGUGACCUGGGAGAAGUUAUCGACCAAUCAUCACAGGCCUAUGAUUCAAGGGAUGAAUGCCAGGCAAAGAUGAUUCUCCUGAAAGAGAAGGCAGACAAGGACCUACAACAGCAUAAUGCAGAGAUGAAAGAGUUGGUGAGAAUAAUUGACCAUGACAGGAAGCUCAAGGAAUUCAUGGGAAUAAAAGGUCAAGAAAGGCAAGAGGAUCCACAACUGGUUGCCUGGAGGUCAAGAAAAGAGUCAUUGGAGGCUGAACGUAAGAAGGAGUUUGCUGAAGAUUCUGUUGAAGCUUACGAGGCAGCAUUUGAGAGGAUCAAGGAGAUCACAGGAGAGGAAGAUCUUGAUCUUUUGGUUGAGAAGUUUAUUGAAGUGGAAGAUAGAAACUUUGCACUGUUCAACUAUGUGAACGAACAGAAUAAUGAGAUAGAGACUCUGCAAGAACAAAUUGCUGAAAUGAAGGACGAAAUUGCUAACUUCAAAGAACAAGGUGUUGAGAUGGAGACACAGCGACAAGCAAUCCUGUCAAACCUUGAGGAGAAACAAGUGACUGCAUCUAAGAAUGCAGAUGAGCAUGAUGAGAAGCAUACUGCAAUCAUGAAGAUUCUGGAUCAGCUCAGGGCAGGUAUUGACUCGCUGUUUAAUAAGAUCAGUUGUGAAAGAUCGGCUAUAGAUGACAUGUUAGGUGCACAGACAGGAGUACAGGACAGAAAUAUGAUCCAGUAUCUGGGAAUUAUUGAACAAAGAACCAAUGAGCUGCUAUCCAUUCAGAAUUAUUCCAAUUCAAAGGACUAUGAGAAAUAUGAUCCAAAGGCAGGAGGUCUUCUAGGGGCUGGUCCCCAGGCAACACAGAAUCAGAUGCAGAUUAUGGCUCCCUCUGUAGGGGAUGAAUAUGAAAGUGAGGGCAGUGAGGCCAGUGAUGAUGACAGACCUUUCACCCGCAAUGAACUACAAUCUAAAGUUAUGAAAACUGUUAAAAAACGAGAAUCAGCCAUGAGGCGAGAAGGAUUUAAAUAUGACUUAUCAAAUGCUAGAGAAAAAACUCAGAAGAAGAAAAAGUAGAUUUCAAGAUGUGAUGAUAAUAAUUGAUAAACAACAAGCAUCUACUGUAGAAUUUACUAUGUGUUGAACAGUAUUGAACAGCUAAAGUUCGGGGGUUACUGGCAGCACCUAGAGGCAAUAUCCACUCCGUCCAAGAGUUCAUGAAAUGCAGCAAACAAAGAAGGUUUAAUCUCCAAGUUUGUUGGAAAUCACAUAUACUGUAUGGAACAAUCAUGCUUGAAAAGCUGUUUUCUCAGGAGAUAUUGAGAAGUUGGCAAUGGACUUCAUGAGUUUAACAUGGGCCUCUUACGGAAAUAUAUCAUGUAUUAUGAAUAUGAUUAUUACAUAUUUUACGAUACAUAGAGAAAAUGGGCUCCAGAUAAACCCAUUUUGAACGUGGUACUUGUAUACUUUUGGAAAUGAGUAUCUGUAUCUUCAUCCUGUGAAAGAAUAUUUAAGAAAUCCAAGAACAUAUUUUACUGAAGAUUUAGUCAUUUUCAAUUUAUUUCAUUUUCAAUCAGUGAAUAAUUCAGAAUUCUAUCAAUCUAAAAUAUACAACUAUAAAAUUCAUAUUAUAAUCAUAGUGACCUUUACAUUGUAAAGUAAACAUUUUGUGAGCUUAUAAUUAAAGAUCACCCCCGUGCAUCUCUUGCUAGGUAUUUUUGUAAAGAGUAUAUGAAAUAAAUAUAUUAAAA